GGUAGUUGUCAGUUUUGGUGAAGCAGCCCUAUUACCUUCUUUUCCUCCCUCUUAAUCGUAUCUACCGUCCUCCUCCUCCUGUUAUUUUUGUCAGUCCCUGUUGUGUCUGCAGCACCUGCUACCGUACUGGGGUCAAGUUCUCUAUAUGCCCAGUCACUACCGACCAAUUCCAAAUCUGGAAAUGACUGGGCUUAUCAGGUUUUGAAGAUGGCUAUUUUUGUUCACUGUUAGGUUUCCCAGAUGGUGACUUUCAAGUGUGAACUUAUUAAGAAUUUUACUCCAGAGAAGGCCGUUCAUCACAAUAAGGUCUCCAUUAUAGGAACUGGAUCAGUUGGCAUGGCCUGUGCUAUCAGCAUCAUAUUAAAAGGCUUGAGUGAUGAACUUGCCCUUGUGGAUGUCAAUGAAAGCAAACUGAAGGGUGAGACAAUGGAUCUUCAGCAUGGCAGCCCUUUCGUGAAAAUGCCAAGUAUUGUUUCCAGCAAAGAUUACGGUAUCACUGCAAACUCCAACCUGGUGAUUAUCACAGCAGGUGCACGCCAGGAAAAGGGAGAAACACGCCUUAAUUUGGUCCAACGAAAUGUGUCUGUCUUUAAAUUAAUGAUUUCUAAUAUUACUCAAUAUAGUCCCCGCUGCAAAUUGAUUGUUGUUUCCAAUCCAGUGGAUAUAUUAACUUACGUGGCCUGGAAAUUGAGUGGCUUUCCCAAAAACCGUGUUAUUGGAAGUGGCUGUAAUUUGGACACUGCCCGUUUCCGUUUCUUAAUUGGACAAAGACUUGGUAUCCACUCAGAAAGCUGUCACGGGUGGAUCCUUGGAGAGCAUGGAGACUCAAGUGUUCCCGUGUGGAGUGGUGUUAACGUUGCUGGCGUCUCUCUGAAGAACCUGAACUCAGAUCUAGGAACUGAUAAAGAUCAUGAGCAGUGGAACAAUGUCCAUAAGGAAGUGAUCGCCAGUGCCUACGAGAUUAUUAAAAGGAAAGGUUUUACUUCUUGGGCCAUUGGCUUAUCUGUAGCUGAUUUAACGGAAAGCAUUUUGAAGAAUCUCAGGAGAGUGCAUCCAGUUUCCACCAUAAUUAAGGACCUCUAUGGAAUAAAGGAAGAAGUAUUUCUCAGUGUUCCUUGUAUCCUGGGAGAGAAUGGCAUUACAGACAUUAUAAAUGUCAAUCUGACCCCUGAAGAGGAGGCCUGUUUAAAGAAGAGUGCACAAACACUUUGGGAAAUUCAGAAGGAGCUCAAUCUUUAAAGCUGAUUAAUGCUACUUACUUUAUGGUUUUUCAAGAAAAAAAUAGUAGUAAUGGGAUUGCAUAUGGUAAUCUUUUGAAUAAAUCUGAAUUCCUAAAAGUUAGAAACAGGAUACGGUAGAAUGAUGUCCGUUUAUUUAGCCCUCAAGCUCUCUCAGCUGCUAGAUGAUACUAUUUUUUUUUACAAUUCUUAAGUGACUGCAUCAAAGGAGGUGUCUUUGGUACCUCUGAUGUACCAGUACUUGCCUUGAAUAUAUAUAGCUGCCUAAGUGGUCCAAAAGAAUGUAUGAUGUAUGUGUUUACUGUGUUAUAGAAACUGAUUCUUUUCAUCAAGUACAUGCUAAUUCUUUCGUUCUGGCUGGCUUCUAUCUAUUUUCAUUUAUAUACUAUAAAAACAAUCGUACAUGCCUCUACAAUGUAAAAAUGGAAGUUAUGUACACACAAAAAUAACUCUAAACAUUAAUUCUAAUUCUAAUAAUAAAUGAAUAAACUUUGAUUUGACCUUGCUACUUUUUAGUCUGAUAAUUUUUGUGAAUGGAUUUUACUUUUUAAAGAAAGGAUCUAAACUGUAUAAACCCCCCUCAGUGAUGACUGGGACUAACUAAAAGUUGUUUUUUUCUUGGGAAAGGUAUACAGUGGGCUAUCUGGCUCCCUAAUAUCUUAAAAGAAAACACUCCCUCAAAUCAGAAUGUUCUUCCUUUGUAACCUCAUGAACUUUCUAGUGCUCUUAUUUUGACUGAGAAUGUUCUGUUCUAAUGCAUGAGGUCUGUGGGACAUAUAGCAGCUGUGGAGCUCACUGGGUGGUCACAAACUUGGCUACAGAAUCACUCCCCAUAAAGACUGAUUUCAAAUGACAAUAAAAGCAGGGAGGCAAUGUACACUAUACCUUCUGCUUUGUUCCAAAUCUUCUCACAGCUACCCCUUUAAUUGUGGCCAGACCAUCAUGCCUAGUUAACAUUAAGCCCCAGGUAUAUAGCUCUGCUUCUAGGAUUCCCUCCUUUUUAUUUGAUGAAAAUAGUUAUGGUUUAAUCAGGCCUAGAAAAGAAAUCUAGGCAGGGACUGAUAGGAGGGUACCACCCAGGACCUUUAACAGAAAAAAGUCACCCAAAUCCCUCAAUUUCAAAAUUUCUAUGUAGUCUCAAAAAAAAACCAACCACUACCAAACCCAUUG